UGAACUGAUAGGCUCACUGUCAGCCCAAAUACAGUGCUCGUCCAUGUUGCCUUCCUGGAGUCGUUUUGCAUUAAUAUAGCCAAACAAGAACUGGCGAAGGACCUGAACGGAUAGAAAGGCACGACCAAAGCAGCACCGCCCUUACAAGGAGGUUUACGUGGAUGUGACGGCUGGAAAUCUUAAAUUUGGCGACGGCCCGUUGACAAGUAGAAAGAUCAGAACGGAGCCUGGGGCAGAGCCUCCACAUUGUUCCCGAUACACCGUCUCAAUCGUGAUCGCGACCGCGACCGUGGAUCAAAGACAUGGAAUCGUCACCACUCAAAAAGACGACGGACGGGACCCGCCAGAGCCGGUUUACCUCCUCCAUUAUGAUUGUGCUCUCUUCCUUGGGGACGAUGGUGGGGACGGGCAAUCUGUGGCGGUUCCCCAGGAUAGUGGCGCAGAACAGUGACGAAGAAGGUUGCCUGGUGUUUUUGAUAGUUUGGACGCUAUUCCUCUUCUUCUGGACUAUGCCCAUCAUAUCACUAGAGUACUCCUCAGGACGAUUCACCAACUCGGCUGUCUUCCAAACAUUCCGCCGUCUCAUGGGUGAGAAAGCAGCCUGGUGCGGCAUGUGGGUCACUUUUGUCUGCUUCUUUGCCGCCGCCGAGUACGCGGUCAUCUGUGGCUGGUGUUUCUACUACAUAUACCUAACCAUAGCUUUACCACUAGCAACCGAUAACUAUGAGAGCGAAGCAAUGUUCUACGAGUUUGCCAGGGACAGUUACUGGCCAAUCUUGGUCACAGCGAUCGCACUGGUCCUUGCAGCAGUCUUCGUCUCAAAAGGCGUCAGCACCAUCGAGAAAGCCAACUUAGUCUUGGUACCUCUAUUUCUCCUUAUCCUGGUGUUCUGCCUGAUAUGGUCCCUGACCCAGGAAUAUGCCGACCAUGGCAUCAUUUUUCUGUUUACACCAAACUGGGCAUCCUUUGGCAAUCCGCGUGUAUGGGUGGACGCGUGUAGCCAAAAUGCCUUCGACUCCGGCGGCGGGUUUGGUCUCAUCGCAACUGUCGCCGCGGCAAUGGGUCGGGAAGACGGCAUUGUGAAAUAUUCGACGUUUAUACCCCUUGGAAAUCACAUGGUUAGCCUCAUCGCAGCGAUGACGAUGUACAUGACUGUCUUCUCCUCAUUCCGGCGGACGCAGCCCACAAUUACCCAGAAAGGCAUUGUGGAUGUGCUUAAAAACAACGGCCCAGGAAGCUCAGGACUAACUUUUAUAUGGAUCCCCGUCCUGUUCUCCAGUCUGGGUGUCUUCGGUCGCGUGUUGUGCGUGUUGUUCUUCAUCUGUCUCGGUUGUGCCGGAUUCACAUCACUCAUCACAUUCAUGGAGAUGUUGACACUUCCUGUCGUCCAGUUCGGGGUCCCAAGACUAUUAGCAGUCGUCGUCACAACCGUCCUAGUCUUCGCCAUGGGUCUUGGCUCCGCCAUCAGCCUGGAGUUCCUCACCAACCAAGAUUUCGUGUGGGCAUUCGCUCUCGUGGUCUCCGGCAUCCUAUUCCUCGCCAUGGUCAUCAAGUACGGAGUGUCAAAGUAUAGACGGGAGGCAUUCAAUGAUUACAGUGACAAUGAUUGGCAUCUACCCAAGAUCUGGGAGGUUUUUAUCCUAGUUAUCUGUCCUCUAGAAGCCAUCGUCCUCAUCGGCUGGUGGAUGUUCGACACAAUCAUCACAAGCGAAGAAAGCAACAAACCAUGGUACAGUUUUGGGUCAGAUAGCUUGCUCACCACACUUGCCGAGUGGCUGGGCGUCCUUCUCAUCAGCAUCAUUCUCAACAUCAUCCUGUACAAACUCAAGCCAAAAUGGUACAUGAACUCAGUCCAGGACGACGUAUACGAGGUCCCAAUCCUUCAAGACGCCCAGAAUGAGAAUGCUUACGAGGCCCUCCCAGCGCAGGGCAGAUCAAGAAGCUACCAAAGCAUGAACUCGAGCCAGGAUAACAUCUAUAUGAAACUGGAUGACGCAAGUUUAGACGACGGAACAUACGAUGUGCCGUACAAUCCUCAUUCAAAGACGCAGCCGACCCAUCGAAGUCUUGAAACGCAGUUUACAGGCAACAAGCGAUAGCAUGGAUAGACUUUCAAUGUGCUUGCGAUUAGGGAACUUUUGUGUAGCUGGAAGAUGGCGAAUAUUGUAGGUUCCAUUUGACGAUGGACCAGAUAUCGCGAUUGCUGCCAAAAUUAAUGGGUUAAUGGAAUCCAGUUGCAAUUUUCACGCGUUUUAACAUUGUGUUUUAUGGUCGCAAAAAAUUCACACUAGCAGUAAAGAAGAGAUUGCAUUUUGUCAACACAAUACAGAGAAAACAACUUAAGAUCGAAAUUUUGCCCAAUAAAUUA